UGGACUAGGACCUAGACUGCUCGAUUCCGUCUUGAGCUCCGAGAUGUUUCCUCAUAUUCUGUAAUUCUUCUUUGUGUUGUUUCCUUUGUGCCUCUACUUUUUUUCCCAUCGAGUAUUUUGCCUUCAGUCCUUUCCCAUUUUUCUUUUUCUUGUUCCUUCCUCCAUGUUCCCCGCUGCGUCGUGGUGCCGCUGGACCAACGCACAGGGCUGUUUGCGGGGAUGAUACUUUGCCCAAUCAUCCUACUGCUAGCCCUCGGCGGCACCGCAGUAGUAGUAGCACAAGAGCCUCGACGAGUAGUGUUGGAAUCGAAAUUCAUCAUACCAGAAAACUGGAAAUUAUCCCGUCCAGCAGCCGAGAGCGACACCAUCGCCCUACGGAUCGCGCUUAAACAGCCACGAGCAAAAGAGCUCGAAGCAAGACUGCUCGAGAUCAACACAGACCCAGCUCACCCGCAGUACCGCCACCAUCUGACCCGGGCCGAGGUUGCAUCAUACCAAUUGCCAGCUCCCGGAUCCUCGGAUGCAGUCGUGAGAUGGUUGGAGGAAAACGGCGUGAGGGGUGUUGAGAGGAGCAGUGACGGUGCUGGCUGGAUCGGAUUCACCGCGACAGCACGACAGGUCAAGACAAUCCUCCACGCGGACCUGGGUUACUUUACACACGAUGGCGUCAACGAAACCGCCGUCCUCCGUGCCCCCCGGUACAGCAUCCCUGCUAACCUGGAGUCGAGCAUCGACUUUGUUCAUCCUCUGGCCCACUUCAUGACACCGGCGAGUCUGCGUCCCAUACCCCAGCCCCAGGACAAAGAUAAGGGAACGACAGCGGGCGUUGGUAAUCAAUGUAACAGUGGCGUGCAGCCGUCCUGCCUCCGCGCGCUUUACGACAUCAACUACGUCCCCCCAUCCGGCCGCAAAGACGAUAAACCAUCGCCCGCCCGCAUGGCCAUCGCCGGCUUUCUGGACCAGUACGUCAGUCCCACCGACGUCGAGUCCUGGAUGCAAACAUAUGCGAGGAACAUCCCCGCCAACUACACUGCCGCCCUCGCCUUCGCCAACAACGCCACCAACGACCCCUCCCACCCGGGCUCCGAGGCCGCGCUGGACAUCCAGUACAGCCUUGCCCUCGCCUACCCAGCACAGGUCAGCUAUGUCCUGACCGGCGGCCGGGGCGGCAAGCUCGACGGCAACGGCAACCCCUUGCCAGACGACAAGGCCGACAACGAGCCAUACCUUGAGUUCCUAGAACACCUGCUCGCCCUGCCCGACGACCAGAUCCCACACGUCGUCAGCAUCUCGUACGCCGACGACGAGCACACGGUUCCGCGCCCCUACGCCGAGCGCGUCUGCUCCAUGUUCGCCCAGCUCGCCUCCCGCGGCGUCUCCGUCCUCACCGCAUCCGGCGACGGCGGCAGCACGGGAAUAGGCCGGUCGCGGUGCUCGCUCCCCGACGGACCGGACGGCGCCCGCCGCCGCGCCACCAUCCCCACCUUCCCGGCCUCCUGCCCCUGGGUCACAGCCGUCGGCGCCACCGACAACCAGGGCCCGCCGGUGACGGGCGCCUUCUUCAGCGCCGGCGGCUUCAGCAACUACUUUGCCCAGCCCGAGUGGCAGGCCGAGGCGGCCAGGGGAUACGUGGCCAGGCUCAAGAGCGGCGACGUGUGGGACGGCAAGAGCCCGGCCGAGGACAUGUACAAUGGGAGCGGGCGAGCGACUCCCGACAUCUCGGCGGUCGGGGCCGAGUUCGUCGUGCGGCGGGACGGGCGGGAUGCCACCGUCAUUGGCACGUCGGCGUCGACGCCGGUCGUCGCGGCCAUGGUGGCGCUGGUCAACGAUGUGCUGUUGCGGUCCGGGGCCAACAGCACGGGCUGGCUCAACCCCGCGCUUUACUCGGCACGGUUCCGGGGCUCGGCCGUCACGGAUGUGACCCAGGGACGGUCCAAGGGUUGCUUUUUCCAAAACGCCACGUCGGGGGUUGGCAUGACGGUCCCCGGGUGGCCCGCCGCCGAGGGGUAUGACCUGAUCACUGGUGUUGGUACGCCCAACACUUUUGACAAGCUUUUAGCCGCUCUUCGAUGAGCUCUGGACUAGACUAGAACUAGUCUAGACUUGGCGGCUGUUCCAGAUUGAUGAAAGAGGGUUUUGGGCAGGGGUUGCCAAUCUCCAUACAGAGUUACCUAUCCCAGUCUCAUAUUGACCCAAGGACAAGUCAGUGUAUGCCCCCUGGAUGCGCAUUGGUUCACUUGGUUGGAUAGAACAUAAUUGACAUAAAGUCGCAAGUUGAGCCCGUGUCCAAGGGAUACGAUACACUGCAGAAUCAGGGGCAUAUUGUUCUGCAGACAAAUAUGUAAAAUAAUUUCCCAUUAAUUACACUUUCUCCUAUUACAUGCAUCAGCAGGGCCUCGCGGAAAGCUUAUUUUGCCAAAGACCUCCUUGGCAAGCCUGACUCAUUACCGCUCCCGAACCCUCAAAUAGCAAUUGUUGAAACAAAUACAUUCGACACGGUUGGUUUUGCAAUUGAUUCUAGCGCGGACGGGGGGCUAGGGAGGACAAACGCAUCUCCAACACAUCAAGCGAGGAAAGAGCGCGCCUAGUUGGCAGCUUUGGCAGCCUUGGCGGCUGCGACACCUUCUUGACCGCUGCCCCGGCGACCUUGGCGCCAGCCUUGGCCACAGC